UACACCCACAGCAGCGCGCGCUCUUAUCAGCUGUUGGAGGAUGUUGCCUCGAGGCAGGAAUGAUGUAAUCAGAGAGAGAGAGAGGGAGAGAGAGCAGCAGACUCACGAUCCUCUCUGUCCUCUCUGAUUGAAGACUUCUGACUGAAGGAGAACCUUUAAAGGGGGUCUGUCUGUGGAUCCGGUUCCGUGUUGUCGGAGGAUCAUGUCUCGGGGUUUUGGAUGCUGGAUGUGGUCCAGCAGGAGGAGCAGCACCGGCCGGAGAUGCUGCUGCUGCUGCUGACUCCCUCCUCUCCUCCAUCAGCUGUAAUCCUCCUCCAUGGAUCCGGACUCCUCUCCUCCCUCGGCUGCACCGACGUCCUCCGGGUGAACAUGGCCCCGCAGUCCGCCUCCAUCGGUCCCCCUUUGCGCAUGUGAUGAACCGCCUGCUUCAGACCCCAUCCCCGUUAGGCCUCUGGACCAGGUUUUCCCUGAUGUGACUCUGAGCUGCUGUUUCUGUAAACACGGAUCAUCUCUGGGAGCUGGAGGGGGGAGAUGUUGCACCUCUCUAAGUCCAGCUGGGAUCUGAGUUCUCCUCCUCCUCCUCUCACUCUCUCUCUAACAUUAAGGUCUCUUGGAUCUUUGGGGACACUUCUCCUGGUUUUACUCUCAGACCUGCAGACCUGUGAGUCCAUGCAGUAAGUCUCCCUGCAGGGGUGUGGAGGUCCCAACCAGCAGAGAACGUGGAGGGUGGGGACGUUUGCCUUUCCUGCUCAGGUUGAAACCAUGGCUAAUGAACCUGUCAUCCUUAACGUGUAUGAUAUGUACUGGAUAAACGAAUACACAUCCAAUCUGGGCAUUGGAGUCUUCCACUCAGGCAUUGAGAUUUACGGCAGAGAGUUUGCAUACGGGGGUCAUCCGUACCCGUUCAGCGGCAUCUUUGAAAUCAACCCCGGGAAUGCAGCUGAGCUGGGAGAGACUUUCAAAUUCAAGGAGGCCAUUGUUAUGGGCACCACGGACUUCACAGAGGAGGACAUAGAUAAAAUCAUGGAGGAGCUCGGGAAAGAGUUCAAAGGGAACGCCUACCAUCUAAUGCACAAGAACUGCAACCACUUCUCCUCCUCGCUGUCUGAGUUGCUGUGCGGACGAGAAAUCCCUCGCUGGGUCAACAGACUGGCGUACUUCAGCUCCUGCAUCCCCUUCCUGCAGAGCUGCCUCCCCAAGGAGUGGUUAACCCCGGCCGCCCUGCAGACCCACAUCAGCCUGGGCCUCCACAAAGAGGAGCAGAACGAGUCCAGCGACGACGACCCUUCCUCGCCGACGGGAGCGGCGGGCACCGGCUCGUCUCACAGCUGUCGCCACACGAGGGUUUGAACUCCCAGAUGACCGCUGGACCCUCGUGCCACCCCCCGGGACUUGUGGCUCACGUGGCACACAUGGGCUUGAACAACCACCUGACCUCAUCCUGUUAGACCUCUGAGUGAAGAGGCAGGAACAGACGAGUUUCCUGUUCGGGGAAAGAGGUGCUGCCUGAGACUCCCUCCUGUGCUUUCUGCAGACGACAGGAUGACACGGGCGAACUUUGACCUGAGCGCCGAGGCUCGGACUCCAAAAACCACCACCUUCAGAUGAGACGUUUGUAGUCAGUAUUAUUACUCUUUGAAAACCUUUGUCAGCCUUGUUCCCUGUCCUGCCUUCAGAGCUGCUUUUGUAGAAUGACUAGACCGACACCCGAGGCUCCUGAUCGUGACUCUACCAGGAAACAGCUAAUCUGCUCAACUAACAGGUUCUCAUUGAACACCUCUCUGUGGCCUUCAGUUCAUAUCGUUGACUCUGCUUUCCUCCUUGAACUUAAGUAGGUAAACUUCGGCCAUCUUUGAGGGUACACGGGUUAAAAGAGGUUUCGAGCGUCUCUCACUGACUCCCCAAGAAUCUGCAUGUUUAAAGAAUUUGACUGAAUCGAAGCAGGACUCAGUUUCUGAUCGAAUCCUCAUCGAGUAUUUAUCCUCCAUGUUCAUUUUCUUACAAACGAUCCGACCUGGACUUCUUUUUAAAUCAGUGACCUGCUGAAAACCACCGAUGAUAACAGGUGCACAGACAACUGUGAACUAUGACCGAGUAUUCAGGAAGUGUUACAGGAACAAAGCUGAGGUUCUGAGAACAAAGUUAUAAGAUUUAAAGAUGAAAAAUAAUGAGAACAAAGUCAAAAUAUUAUAAGAAGAACACCCUGAAUAUUGAAGCAAUAAAGUUUUGAUUUUAUGAGAAUUAAGUCUUUAAAAAAAAAGGUUAAAAUUACAAAAAUGAAGACGAAAUAUUAUGAGAAUGUCAUAAUAAAAAGGGGCGUAACAAAACAAGAAUAAAGUCCUAAUUUUUAAAGAUUAAAGUCACAAAAUUAUGAGAAUAAUUUUCAAGAGAAUAAAGUUUUAAUAUUGCAACAAUAAAGCUGAAAUAUAACGAGAAUAAAUUCACACAAAAAUAAAGAACAAGGUUUUAAUGUUGUGAGAAUAAAGUUAUAAAGUUAUAAAGUUAUUGCAAAUGAGACUUGGUUCUCAGUUAUCUCACCUGGUUAAAUAAAGGUUAAAAAAUAAAAAAUAAAAUAAAAAAUAAGAAUACAGAAAUUGUUCGAUAAAUUAGGAGAAUAAAACUACUCUGUUACAAAAAUAAAGUCAAAAUAUUUAAAAAAUGAUGUUGUAAUAUUCUGAUAAAAGAGUCGCAAAAAAUAUGUUUUUAAUAUUACCAGGAUAAAGUUUUAACAGAAUACAGAAAUUAUUAGAAAUGAAGAAAAUAAAGGAGUUAUGUUUAAAAAAAUAAAGUCGCAAAAUUAUGAGAAUAAAAUCUUAUAGAAUAAAAUUGUGUUAUCACAACAACGUUUCUUACUUUUAGGACAAUAAAGUUUUAAUUUCAUAAGAAAAUAACGUAAUAUCACGAGAAUUAAGACGCACAAAAACAGUUGUCACAAGAACACAUUUGUCAGGAGAUAAAGUUUUAACAGCAUGAGAAUAAAGUCAGAACUUUACUAGAAUAAAUUUCUUCAAAACAAACUUUGUUCUUGUAUAAGAGAUGCUCAGAGUCUGGUGUAUCUUCCUGUGGUGCUCAUGUGCUCAAAGUAUUUGUAUUUUUAGUCACUUUUGAAACCUUCAGCAGAGUACGACUUCACACGAGGUUUCAUGUUCCUCUUUUAGUGCAGACUCUUCUUCUGAAACUCCUUUAAUGACUUUAGUCUCAUAAUAUUAAAACUUUGUUCUCAAUCUCUCAGUUUUAUAUUCCUUCAGUAACGUGUCUCUGAUCCUCUGUCGUAGUGAACAAUCAAGGGCAAACACUGUUCACUCAGUCACGACCUGUGACCUCUGAGAGACACAGGAAGUCAAGCUGCUACUCUGAUGUUGACUUUGUGACCCCGUACAGUUUUUGUCUACGCUUUUAUAUCAAAACGCUCUUUAUACAAUAACGGUGCGAUCGCUUCCAGGCUCAGAAAUGAACAUCAACACCCAGAGAACCCUCCUGGGGGGUUCUGGUCCUCUCACCUCUUUCACCUUUAAACUGAUGAAGUUGGAAAUUAAAUUAACCUUGCUUUUUUAAAAAACAGGGAUUUUUGCUUUCUUGCUCACAGUUAGACGAAAAGUUGGAGAUAACUUUGAUGUCUGCGUAUUGAAGCCAGUUAGCUUAGCUUAGCAUAGAUACUGGGAAUAAGAGGAAACAGCUAGCUUGGUUUGGUCCAAAGGCAACAAAGUGUUACAGUCAAUUUAACAUCUCACAGGGAUUAUAUGCUGGAUUACUUCUCAGCGGAGAGCAGUGACUCCUUCUUUCACACAAACAAGACGCUAGCUUCUGUUCAAACAGAAAGAAACGUAAAGAUCAGUACGUCCUUUUUAAAAAGCGAACUGAUUCACUGCUACAUAAACAAACCAACAGCUUGUUAGCUUAGAUUAGCAUAAAGACAGGCCCCUUUCACGCAUGUCACUCCCAAAUCUCUUCCUGUUUCCUGCGCUAUCCACUCUCCUGUCCUUUCAAAAUAAAAGCCCCAAAAUAUAACUUAAAAAAAACAGAAAAGAAAAGUACAGCCUUUCUAUUGUUGAUGCAGACUAAAUAAGCAAGGUCACCUAUUUCCAAAAUGUCCAGUCAUUAAGCUAAGCUAUGUUAGCCUAGCAUUGCACAACUAAUUCAUGAUAGAAAUUAACCCUUUGCUGCCCCAAAAUCCUAACUAUGAUUGGCUGAUUGUCUUGUCCGAGGCGGGGCUUAUUUUAAAAUGAAGGUUUUUUUUUAUCAGUGACUUUGAACAAACAUCUUCUUUUUAAGUCCUUCAAGAAUCAAACGUAGAAGAUUUACUUUCUAAAGAGAAAGUAAACACAGGAAUAUAACAGCUGUGUGAUACUUCCAAUGAUAGUUGUUAAAGUAGAUGAUGAAGACAGAGAAGGUAAAUGCUGUUCAUUUGGGUGUGUGUGUGUGCGUACAUACACCGGCCACCCCUGCCUAUGUCUCAGUCCUCGAGCUGGGCCACCCCAGUCAGAUAUCCUGGACACGCCCCUGAGUAAGAAACGACACAGCUUCGUACCCUGAGAUCACCCUGAAGUUACCUUUCCAGGAGGGGUAGAUGCAUCUGCCAGGAUACAUAAAACAUGCUAAGCUAACUGACUUCUACCUGUCCUCAAACAGGAACGAUACAGCAUCAAUCUGAGCGUCUCACUCUCAGCAAGAAAGCAAUCCUUCCUCAACUUUCAAACUUUUCCUUUGAGCUCAUUGUAUUUCUUUCCUCCGGUCACUGAGCUGGUUCAUGUUUACAUUCUCUGAGCAUUUUAAACACGAGUAAACAAACCUCUGUGAGAACUCUACAGAGGUUCUGUUUGUUCCAUUAAAGACCCGAUUCUCAGAAAGGGAAAUAUGAUGUCAUGAAGUUAAUUGUAAUCAUUGUUGUUUGAACCUACAUGCAGGUAAACAACCACAUGAAUGACUCCCCUCCUCCUCCUCCAUCUGCUUCUUGUAGUUUAACUUGUUGUAAUAAAUGCUGCUUGCUUUGAUUUAAUGCAGAUUUAAUCUUUUAUCUCCCCGUCCCUCCUGCUGUGUUGCGUUCAAGGACAGCUAACUCUUCUCAGGAAGGAAUCCACAUGACUUGUAACAGCGCCUGUCGUCUCGUCCCUGCUGAGACAUUUUAACUAACAGGAUUGAAAGUUCAAAAAUCUGACUUAAUAAGCUAUAUUCUUCUUUAUUUCCUGCGUAGUCUUACAUUUCACUAAGUGUAUUGUGUUUCCAGUUAAUUUCAGCAGACAGGAGCUGUUGAUACACGCUCAGACGUCUUUCUCAAGAACAGACCUGACAGGUGUUUUAUUCUUUUUAUGGUACUGUGUCAACCUGAACCUUGUAUUUCCUUUUCUUAUCCCAAGACAAUUCAUGAAUGAUGAUAUAGUGCUAGAAUAAAGAGACAGAUAACAAAGA